CUUCCAGGGAAAUCCUUCUUCUCCUUCAACAAUGAGGACUUUUUGGAGAAGAGAAGAAAGGGACUUCAGAUUUUCUUGGACAAAGUGGUGCACAUGACCGUCUGUCUGUCAGACAGCCAGCUCCACCUCUUUCUACAGACCCAGCUGCCAGUCGGUCACAUCCAGGACUGUGUCCAAGGCCACACCCCUUACUCCGUGACAGAUGCCAUCCUCACGUAUGCCUCGUCCAAUCAGGGACUAGCUCAGGCACAGGAGGAUGAUUUGAUCAAGGAGCCAUGUUUGACCAUUUCUUACGAAUCAAUGGAAAGCCCGGCUCCUCAUCAACCUUGCCAACAACCUAAUGAGACCAUCAGCCCGGAGCUCGUCUCAUGUGGUGACGCUGACCCUCUAGAAGGUUUACUGGAGGUCCAUGAUCAGGACCAUAGGAAGAAAUGCUCAUUAAGGAUUUCCCAGAAGAGCAACCAUCUUGAGGCCGUUCUUGAAACGGUUCUUGAGGACAGCGGCCCGUCAGAGGCAACCUUUUAUCUGGGGGACAGUCCAGAGAGUCUUAGCUCUGCUGAGCAGAUCCAGCAGAGGUUACAGACUCCGGUGGAGGUGCACACGUUCACGGGGAUCGGCUUUGAGGACAGUGUGAUCGAUGGGAAGAUUGUUUUACCUCCAGGUGAAGAAGAAAAGGUGGAGCUGCAGGAGAGUAAUGAGGAUGCUCAUGAAGGAAAAGUCAACUGUGAGCCUGAAAAAUAUGAUGAUUCUGAGAAGAUUUUCGAUUUUAAGGAAAAUAACUGUGAUGAACACAUUUUAGGAAGUGAUGCCAGAUCUCAGGAAGCUAUGGAAAACAUCUGUACCGAGAAUCCCGUCAUCUCUGAGGUUAAUGAGGUUCAUGUUCUAGAAGUCAAC